AUCCUCAAACCCACCUUUCUUCAGCUCGCUCCAUAAAAUUUUGUCCUUCCAGCGAGCUUGGGGAUCGAGCUGCCAGCCGUGUGCCGUUCCCUAAACCCUAUCUACGUCGUACACCUUGAUCUGAUUCCCCUUCGUAAGAGGCUCGUCUAGCCUUCGUGAAUUGCUUAGAGAACUGUUAUUUGCUUUUGAAGACAAGCCUCUCCUUCAUCAUGGCUGCCGCGUGGGGUGUUCAGGUUGGAGGUACCACGCCAACGCUCUCUCCCGCCAAUGCUCAUCUUCGUCGCCAUGCAUUUUCUGACGCUGGAUCUUCGUCCGCCAUCUCCCAACCGAUUUCAACCUCUCCGAACACAAUCAGAUCUCACCUGCCAUCGGCGCACGGUUCUCUUCGCGGGCCGUCCACGACUCCCUCGACUUGCCGCAGCACCGUAUCAUGGCACGUGGCAGCAACACCACUUAACAGCCGUAACAACAGCACCAUGUCGCGGCGGCGUUUCUCUGCUCGAGCGGCAGCCACAGGAGCCGCCACCGAAGAGCCUCACACCCGUGCCUCUGCUACUGAAAUGCAACGAACCGCUAACUCACUCUACGAUCUGCUCGGCCUGUCCCGUCGCGACGCGUCCCUGGAGGAGAUUAAAGGCGCGUACCGACUACUAGCCCGGCGGUAUCACCCGGACGUCCGACCGGAGGGACUUACUCUCGAGGAGUGCACGCAGAGGUUUAUCGAGGUUCAGGAGGCGUACGAGAUCCUCUCUGACCCGCAACGCCGGGCUAUGUAUGACUUCGAAAUGCUGCACCCCGCUUCCGCCAAGGCCGGUGCGCACCCGUGGAGAAGGGAGGGAGGCUGGCGACGAGGCGUGCCUCGUCCGUGGUCAACGGUCGACUCUCCCUGGCAGUCACCUGAAGAGGAGGAGCAAAUGCGCAACGCUUGGCGCGCGCAGUGGGGGAGUCAGCUCUCGGGUCUGAAACAGCGGGCUCGGUCGCAGGCUAAGCCUGGAUCGUGGGCUGCUCGCAUGCGGCAGGAGCAGGAAGGCGAAUCCGCGUAAGCGGAGACGUCUGAUCCGUGUGUAAAUUCUUUCUCGGCGCGGGGGUUCCGGGCGGGCAAUCAUUCUUUGGUGACCGACUGCUGUUUUUAGAAGCUCGGGGAAGCGCAAUGGCUCUUGGCUUGCAGCGGCUUGCCUGGCAGCGAGUGACCACGCGGUCGCAUGCUCCCCUUACUCCCCCAUGAUAGGCUUUGUUUGGUUGGACUGCCAAGUUACUACUAGGACCCAGACGCACCCUUGCGUGGCUUGAGCUUGUGCUUGCAUUAGCUGGUUUGAGGGUGCUUGUUAGGUGAGUUUGCCCCUAAGCUUUAUGUACAGUUGAAGAGGGAUCUUGUACAUGAUUACACAGCAAGCGUGUUGAUCUCUUCG